AAAAGUGUUGAUUUCCUUCCUUACUGUAAUUGUGAAAUGAAACAGUUGUUUUCUCGUUUUUGGCAGGGAAGCUGAGCAUGGCCGGUCUGUGGAGACAAAUCAGAACACGACAACGAUAAUAACAGUCUCCACACUUACUACAUAAGUACCGUGAUCAUUUACGGACCAGUUUUCUGUCGUUCACCUGUGAACGGAGAUUUGUCAGCAGUCCGUAAGUGUGGAAUAAAGCUGAAGGAGCUGAGCACAGAAAGCACAUGGAGAUCGGAGGCACUCUGGCGGUCCUGCUCACCAUCAUCAUCUGUACUCCAGGCUGUGAGGCUGAUCCCUGCCAACCUUCUGUGAAAGCCAGUCGAAGAACACUCAGCAUAACAGAGGGCGCCAAAGCUGUGAUGCACUGUGAUGUCGAACAUUGCGGGGAAGCCCACUGGAGGGGGGGCUGGGGGCAGGUCAUCGAGCCGUUCGUUUUCCUACAGCCCACCCCCAGACACAAACUCUACAACAGGACCAUUUCAGCAAACAGUGCCACGCUUUUUCUCGAGAUCCUCCACACCAACCUGUCAGAUGCAGGGCCAUACCAGUGCAGAGUCAACAUAAACAACAUUACCAUGAAUGGUCACAUGACAACCCUGAAUAUCACUGCUGCAGCGGCAGGGGGGGAGGUGCGGUCCAGGGUGGCCGUGUACGUCGGGGUCUGCAUCCUGCUCAUCUCGGUGCUCACCUGCUUCCUGAGCCCUGCCUGUAGGAAGUGCUGUCGCCCCAGAAACCCUCCGGAAGAACAUCCUGCAGCACCGGGGACGGCUCGCCUGAAGGGAGAGGUGGUCUACGCCUCCGUUCUGCUCAACAGCCGUGGGACCACAGCCAGACAGGGACACCUAGAGAGAGCAGCUCCUACGGUAUACUGCUCCCUCCAAUUCCCACUGAGACAGUCCCACCCAAAAAAGGAGGUCCUGUAAUUGAGUGACUGAACAGGAAGUAUCGAGAACCUGCAAGAGCACGAAUGGACUGUGACUGGGUGACUGAACAGGAAGUACCGAGAACCUGCAAGAGCACGAAUGGAUUGUGACUGGGUGACUGAACAGGAAGUACUGGGAGCCUGGAACAGCAGGAAUGGACUCUUUAGCACAGACUGUGGGACCUGUAGGCUGCCUGUGACACUCAGUAGGAGUCAGCUCUUCCUGUGUGGAUGAGGAUCCAGAAUUCAGCCAUGUCUCUUCAUUAAAAUAAAACUAACUGUAACUCAGUCAGCACGAUGCCAUGGUGAAUGUAAAAUAAAGAUAUCCACUAUUC